CAAUUGACCCGCUUCAAUCCACUCUUAGUGUAUACCAAGCUUCGUCAGUGCAAUGUCAAGCUUUAUGCCCUGGCUCUUGUUCGCCAGCGGAAAGACACAUUCCAAGGGUCUGGUCCCAUGGCCAUCAAUCAUAAUUUCCGAAGACCAUCACCAAUCUCCCAGGCAUUUCUCCUCACUCCAGUGUACAUUUUGAAUAAGCACAUCGACACAAUGGCAGGCCUCGCGAAACACGUUGAUCCUGAUGAAUUGAUCAAGACUCUUCAUGACCAUCCUAUCCACAAGGCCGGCGGCAACUACGCCCAUCGCGCGGUCAACCAUACGACACCGUAUUCAAGUCGGUAUGCGACCCAGACCGAAUUGUCCAAAUUCCGAAUCCCGCAAGAUGGUGCUCCAGCCGACACUGUACACCAAUUACUCAAAGACGAGCUUGAUUUGGACGGGCGACCGCAAUUGAACCUUGCGAGUUUUGUGGGAACGUACAUGGAACGCGAGGCCGAGCAGCUCAUGAUCGAGAACCUAUCCAAGAACCUUAGCGACGCAGACGAAUACCCUGCUAUGAUGGACAUGCACUCUCGAUGUGUUUCAAUCAUCGCGAACCUGUGGGGCGCUCAGAAGGGGGAAAAGGCCAUCGGAUCAGCCACCACCGGAUCCAGCGAAGCUAUCCAUCUCGGUGGACUUGCCAUGAAACGUCGCUGGCAGGAGAAGCGAAUGGAGCAAGGCAAGGACACUUCCAAACCGAAUAUUGUCAUGGGCGCCAAUGCACAGGUCGCUUUGGAAAAGUUUGCUCGUUACUUUGAGGUUGAGGCGAGAAUCUUGCCUGUAUCGCAAAAGUCUAAUUAUCGCCUCGAUCCAGAUCUGGUCAAGGAGAACAUUGACGAAAAUACCAUCGGUAUAUUUGUAAUCCUAGGUUCCACCUACACUGGGCAUUACGAACCGGUUGAGGAGAUUCAUAAAAUAUUAGAUGACUACGAGAAGAAAACUGGUGUGGAUAUACCUAUCCACGUUGAUGCUGCUUCCGGGGGCUUCAUCGCGCCCUUCACGCACGCGAAGGCCGGAGCGAAGUGGAAUUUUGAGUUACCGAGGGUGAAGUCAAUAAACACGAGUGGACACAAGUUUGGGCUUGUAUAUGCCGGCGUGGGAUGGAUCAUAUGGCGCGACCAAAGUCAGCUGCCCAAGCAUCUCAUCUUCGAACUCCACUAUCUGGGCGGCACGGAGGAGUCGUACACUCUCAAUUUCUCGCGCCCCGGCGCUCAAGUCAUCGCUCAGUACUAUAAUCUGAUCCACCUGGGCUUCAGCGGGUAUCGCAACAUCAUGGAGAAUACGCUCCGCAAUGCGCGCCUUUUGAGUCGUGCAUUGGAAGCCACCGGCUGGUACCGCUGCGUGUCCGACAUCCACCGAAAACAAGGUGACCACACUUUUGAGAAGGGAAAGCCCCAGUAUGACCAGGGUGAUGAUAGCGCAAGUUACAAUGCUGGUCUUCCCGUCGUGGCCUUCACCUUCUCCGACGAUGUCAAGAAACAGUACCCCCACAUCCAGCAGGUUGCCAUUUCAAACCUGCUUCGGGCGAAGCAAUACAUUAUCCCGAACUACCCGUUGCCGCCAAACGAAGAAAAGACGGAAAUCCUGAGAGUUGUGGUCCGCGAGACACUGUCUCUGGAUAUGAUUGACAGGCUUGUCUCGGAUAUCGUUGGCGUCACCCAAUCCGUGCUGGAGAGCACUGAGUCUGACCUGGCGGCAUACCAGCCUGUGAGGAAUAGCGUCGAGAAAGAGCACUCCUCACACGGCUUGCAAGCCAAGCAUCACCACAAAGCUCGUCGGCCGAUGCAUGAUGGCGUUCAUCGCAGCGUUUGUUGA